AUGGUUAGGACACGAGGAAAUUUGUCUAGACGUGGUUCAAAUGAUGCACCCGAGAGUUCCAGACAGGGUGGUGCACGGAAGAGACCGACAGCUUCGGCUCGUAAAGGGAAUGAGGUUUCCGACGUUCCUCAGGAGGACGAGCAGGGGAUUGAUAACGAUGGUGAAGGAUUUCCUGGUGGUCCAUAUGAUACAUCUUUAUUGACCCGGUACGAGGAUCAUGUUGCACGCAUGAUAUGGGAUGGUCAGGAUCGAGUUGUGAAAGUGGUCUCCCAUAUUAAAAAAGUGAAGAAAUUAGGACGUCCUCACCCUUCUAUUGUUGCACCUUUUGUGUUAGCUUCUGGAUUAUCGCCUCUGUGUGAUAUUUUAUAUGAAUAUAUCGAUCUUGGGUUAGUAUUGGGUUUCGUGGAGAGAUGGCAUCCCGAGACUAAUACUUUUCAUCUACCCAUUGGGGAGAUGACCAUCACUUUAGAUGACGUAUGGUCACUUCUCCAUCUUCCCAUCAGUGGAAACUUUUGCUCGACUAAAAAUCUUGAAUAUGAAGAUUCAGUUGAGAUUUUGACGACACUUCUUGGUGUUGACCGGGCCAUGGCUUGUAUGGAGCUGAAUCAAAGUCGGGGUGCACAGGUCCGACUUAGUUGGCUGAGAGAGUUGUAUGACAACUGUUGUGAAAACGAGCUAUGGGAGUUUGCUGCACGUGCAUAUCUUUUGCACCUUGUAGGGUGCACGAUAUUUGCUAACAAAAGCGCCACCUAUGCUUGGAUAUACAAGCGCUUCCCUACAUUGGGAAGGAAGCAAGUACGGGAUACAUAUGUGGAGACCGAACCCCGUGCUCUACGUUAUGUCAUUGGACGCGUCAUUUCCGCUAUAGCUGAUGUUAGAGUCCAGUUGGAUGGCUUGACAUAUGAUGGGAUGAAUUGGAACCCAUAUGUAGCACAUAGAGCUGCUCGACAACUUGUAACACAUGGCAUGUUUUCUGGCUUCCUGAGGGUUGGUACCCUCGUACACCGUCAUCUGCCGGAGCGUGUGUUGCGACAAUUUGGCUUCAUGCAGCCUAUUCCACAAUGUUAUGAAACGGAAUCUCUUUUGUAUUCCGUUUGGUAA